GCAGGUAAAGGUAGCCGCUCCCGCUCCGGCUCCCGUCCUCCCUGCGGCCAUGGCCAACUCGGGCUUGCAGCUGCUGGGCUUCGUGCUGGCCCUCCUGGGCCUGAUCGCCAAUUUGACGGCCACCAUCCUGCCCCAGUGGCGGAUCUCGUCCUUCGCCGACGGGAGCAUCAUCACGGCGCAGUCCUACUACCUGGGCCUGUGGAUGGAGUGCGUCUGGCAGAGCACCGGCCAGCUCCAGUGCAAAGUCUACGACUCCAUGCUGGCCCUGGGCGCUGCCUUACAAGCCACCCGGGCGCUGAUGGUCAUUUCCAUCGUCCUGGGAGUGAUCGCCAUCGGCAUCGCCACCAUGGGCAUGAAAUGUACCCGCUGCGGAGACGACAACAAGGCCACCAAGGCCCGCAUCGCCAUGACCGGCGGCAUUAUCUUCCUGAUAGCAGGUUUGUGUUCCCUGGUGGCUUGUUCCUGGAGCGCGAACCAGAUCGUCCAAGAUUUUUACAACCCGCUGUCCCCCAUGAAUAAAAGGUACGAAUUUGGCCCUGCCAUCUUCCUUGGCUGGGCAGGUGCCGCCUUGUCGUUGCUGGGGGGCGGGAUGCUCUCCUGCUCGUGUCCGGGAGACGACUCCGGGUACAAGAACCGCCAGUAUCCCGCAGGGAAGCCCAUCUCCAAACCCCCCAGUAGCCGAGAAUACGUCUAGAUGCCCGGCCUACUGCCAAGACCCAUGUGCCACUGAGCCUGGAACAGCCUGGAUUUUGCUGCCCCAGCUGGGCGUCUUAGACUUUUAAAUCCCCCCUCGGGGAGCCUUUUACCCUGUUUUAUUAUUCCUUCGAUUGAAUCGGUUGAUUUUUUUUAAUUUUUUUUUAAAUUAGGGAUCCUAUUUUAAUUAGCGAGAUUUUAAUGUUUUCAUUGGGGAUCGGGGUGAUUGAGGAGGGCGGGCAUCGCUUACCCCCUCGAUGCAUUUUCCUCAGGUUGCCCGGAAGGAUUGGAGAGGGAAGACUCCUCCAGCCCUUUAGACCCUGGGGAUUAUGGGCUUUGGAGUCCCGCGCAUCUGAAAGGGGUAACGAGACUUGAGGAAGCGCUCGUAAGGUUUUCUGGGUCUCCCCUUUAAUAAACUGAUCCUGCGCGAGAAGAUUGUCUCUGGGUGGCCCUAACCGAAGGUCGGAUUGAUUUAAAGAAAGCCCCCAACUACUGCUGGGGUUUUCCUCCCCCCACCAAAAAAAACCCCCUGAGAAAUUGGCAUUGGGGAUCUCUGCUACUUUUGACCCAUAGAAUUCACACAGUCAGGGGGUUGUCUCUAACAGAUGUUUACAAGACUGGCAUCUUUUGGCCAGUGAGCUUUGACCCUCCUGUCUCACCCAGGGAAAGGCUAGGCUGCCCCUUUUCUCCAUGGGGCAGCCCAGCCGAAAACUCCUAUAGCCAGGGCUGGUCGCAGACUUCAACAAUUGUGUAAAUAUGUACAUUCGCUGGGGAAGCCUUAGGUUAAGCGAAGGGCCGUUUGAUGCGAGCCUGUCCCUUUAAAAAUACGGAUCAUUUCUUUUUUUACCCCGCCCUUAAAUUCUCCCAGUAAAUAUGUUCCUGGCUUUUAUUGCAAAAUCCAUAUUUUUGGGGGGGUGGGUUUGGGGGGAAAACCUUGCGUUACAUUUGCUUGCUUGGAUAGAUUUUAACCUUUUUUUUCGAGGGGAAGUUUGGAGGACGGGAGGAAUUGGAAUAGGAAAGGAGAGUAAAAGUACUCCUUAGAGUAAAACCUAGCCUUUAUUUAAAGCCCUGAUCCCUUCGGGUGCUGUGUGCAUUUUAUGUAUUUUUUUUUUUAAAAAAAAUUGUAUUACUGGCCACCGAUAUACCUUUUUUUCUUUUUUUUGUAUAUAAUAAAUAAGACUGUUUUGG